AUGAUUUAUUUUUUUAUUUUUUUAAUAUUUUUUAAUAAAAUAUUAUAUAUUAGAGGACAAUUUGCAGAAAGAACAAGAUCUUAUGAUAUAUGGAAUCCAUUUGGUACGACAACUACAAGAAAACCAGGUCAAAGAUUAAAGUCAGAUGAGAUUGUUGUUAUACUUACUAUUGGACAAAUUAUUGGUAAAAAACAUUUAUUACAAGAUUUACCUUGGACACCUAAUAAAGAUGAACUUGAUAGUGUUCCUGUUGAUAGAUUAUAUCCUGAUCCAGAUCGAUUACCAUUAAAAAAUAAUGUUACAAUUUAUUCAUUUUUAGGAGUACCAUAUGCUGAACCACCUAUAACAAAUAGGAGAUUUAAACCACCACAAAUAAUAACACAAUUACCUACAACAGAUCCAUUUACCGCUUUUGAAUAUGGUCCAAGUUGUGCACAAGAUAUUACAAAAAGACCAGAUUUAUGGGUUAGAAUGCCAUAUCCAUAUAAAGUAUCUGAAGAUUGUCUUUAUCUUAAUAUUUAUACACCUGAUGUAUCUAAAGUUUCCGCUCAAUCUUAUCCAGUAUUAGUUUUUUUUCAUGGUGGUAAUAAUCAAUGGGGAUCAUCCUCUGAUUGGCCUGGACAUAUUUUAGCCUCACGUGGAAUUGUAGUAGUAACUGUUAAUUAUCGGCUAGGACCAUUUGGCUAUAUGUCAUUAGGUGACAGAGAAACUGGUAAUUAUGGAUUACAGGAUCAACGUUGUGCAUUACAUUGGGUACAACAACAUAUAUCAGCAUUUGGAGGUGAUGUUAAAGCAGUAACAAUUGCAGGUCAUGAUGGAAGUGCUGUAAAUGUUGGAUUACAUAUGUUAUCAACUUACUCAAAAUCAUUAUUUAGGCAGGCAAUAUCACUUUCUGGUGGUGUUACAUCAUAUCAUACAAUUAUAGGAAAACCUGAAUUAGCAUUUAAUAAUACUAUGAAACUUGGAAGAUAUCUAGGGUGUACACAAGCAAUAGCUUAUCAAGUUUGGGAUUGUAUUUUAACUAGAUCAACUUCUGAUAUUAUUCAAGCAACAUCAACAAUACCAAUAGAAUAUUCAAGAUAUUUAUUUUUACCUUCUGUUGAAGGAAAUGAAAUUCGUGCACAUCCUCGAUUUAUUUUAGAAAAUAUUCAAAAUGGAUUAUUUAAUGUACCAAGUCCUGUUCCAUUGUUAAUUGGUUUAAAUGAACAAGAUGGUGUUGAGUAUAUACUUGAAGAUAGAAAAUUAGGUGAAUUUUCAGAGUUUUUAGAAAUUGAUCAAGAAUACCUAAGAUCAUUUGCCAUUGAAUAUGCCUUUCGCCAUAAUUAUACAAUGAAUCGUGAAGCAAUAGCAGAAGCAAUUAUUUCAAAAUAUACUUAUUGGCCGGAUCCUUCAAAUACAUGGAUGAUAAGAAAAAAAAUUAUAGAUUUAUUGACAGAAACUUUUUAUGUAUCACCAAUAACUCAGACAGCUCACCUUUUUUCACAAUCAGGUUCGAGAAUUUUUAUGUAUGUUAAUAAUUAUAAUUUCUCAAAAAAUACAAUGAAUAUGACUGAUAAAUAUUUUCCACCAUGGAUGGGUGUCUGCCAUGAAUGUGAUCUUUAUCUUCUUUUUGGUUUCCCUUAUCUUCCAACAGAAUUAAGGCCAUUAAAUUUUAAAAAUUAUACAUUUACAUCAACUGACAGGAAUGCUAGUUUUGUUUUUUCAAAAAAUAUUAAACAAUUUAUUAUUAAAACUAAUCCAAAUCUUCCAACAGAAUUUCAAUGGAUUCCUUAUGAACCUCGUGGUCAUUGGUAUAUGGAUUUUAAUUAUACUUUCUUACAAAAUAAUAGAACAUCAGGUAUUUUAAGACGGGAUUAUAAGUAUGAAGAAGCAGCAUUUUGGAAUGAUUAUCUUCCAGCCCUUGUUAAUUAUAUGACAACAACUUUUCCACCUGAAGAAAUUUCAGUUAGAAAACAAUUGAUGGUAUUUCAAGUUACGACGGCUGUACUAGUUAUUGUUUUAGCUAUUGUUCUUUUAAUAGCUCUUCAGUUUGCUUAUUGUCUAUUUUCAAGAAAAGCUCAAGAAAAACAGGAACGACGAACUUUGGUACCAUACAAAGAAUAUUAUCCAUCAACACCACAUGUUGAAACAUAUAGACUAAAUGAUAUGUAA